AUGCAGGUGAUUGGUACCGAUAAUUAUAUGCCUUUGCUGUUGUCGUUUCUGCGACGAGCUGCCAACAUGGCUGAGGGACAAGUUAAAGCUUACACUUCUGGGACAGCGUCCAUGGCCUUUGUAACUGUACCGAACAUUGAGAUUGGCAGAAGGUUAGCACACGGUCUUGUGGAACAGAAGUUAGCAGCCUGUGUGAACAUCAUCCCACAAGUGACAUCAGUGUACACAUGGCAGGGUAAAAUCAAUGAAGACAGUGAGCUGAUACUGAUGAUCAAGACACUAACAUCCAGGAUAGACGAUGUCAGUGAAUUUGUCAGGAAAAACCACCCAUAUGAAUGUGCUGAAGUGAUUUCCUCAAAGAUUGAUAAUGGCAACCCACCGUAUUUGAAAUGGAUCUUGGACACAGUUUCUGAUAAGACAGAGCCAAGCGUGUAA